AUGCAUUUAAGAACACCUUCGAAUGCACGGAUCGACCAGAAAGUUGGCACAGGAGACACUGAUAUGUUGGAUUGCUUACAAAACGGAAUGCAUGGGACAGCCAGGACUUUUACUGCAUGGUUUGAGGACUCGUACAAAAUAUCAACCCUGCGUGCCCACACACGAUUCCUGCAUGUAACCUGUCAUACUGGAGCUGUGUGGCUUCCUAUGGAAGUGUCCCACGCCCACUGUAUAUUUUGCCGUACCUGGACAAUGGACGGUGGUUGUGGCCGGUGUAGGGCUACAGGCAGGCUGCGUCCUAUGGUACCUCCCACGCUCUCUAGUCUUACUGUGAGCGGACUUGGCAGUCUGGCAGGUCCUUGGCCAGUCUUGGCAGUCCUUGGCAGACUGGCAGAACCUGGCAAGAACUUCGCAGACUUGGCAAGGACUUGGCAGACUUGGCAGCUUGGCAGACUGCAGACUUGGCAGACUUGGCAGACUUGGCGACUUGGCAGACUUGGCAAGACUUGGCAGACUUGGCAGUACGUUGGCAGAACUUGGCGACUUGGCAGACUUCAGACUUGGCAGACUUGGCAGACUGGCAAGACUUGGCAGACUGCAGACUGGCAGACUUUGGCAGACUUGGCAGACUUGGCAGACUUGGCAGACUUGGCAGACUUGGCAGACUGCAGACUUGGGAGCUUGGCAGACUUGGCAGACUUGGCAGACUUGGCAGACUUGGCAGACUUGGCAGACUUGGCAGACUUCUUUUUAUUAGAAUGUACCUCCGGUUCCAACAACCAGAAUGAACUGCAAUUUGCCAGUUGAAAUAUAUUGGUUUCUACACCUCAAUGGGCUUGUCUUACACCAAGCUCUGUACGAAUCUUUGAUGUGACAUUGAAGAAUUAUGACAAGAGUCGUGAAACAAAGACUUUGCUCACCGAAAUAAAAUAUAUUUUUUAGA